ACUAAGCGCGAACUUUAAUACGAACCGUCGGCUCGCGCGGUGAGGACGUGUAGUAUCGUUGUGUUGAUUUGUGUCCUGACUCACAAUGUGGCGGUACAUCGCACUCCUCACACUCCUCGCCCUCGCGCGCUCCGAGUACAGAUACAACACGAAGUGGUUCACGGUGCCCUUAGAUCACUUCGGAUUCGCGACAAACACCACGUUCAAGAUCAAAUAUUUGGAAUGUGACGACUACUGGGACAUGGGAGGCGGGCCCAUAUUCUUCUACACCGGGAAUGAGGGUCAAAUUGAAGUGUUUGCGAACCACACUGGCUUUAUGUGGGACAUAGCUGCUGAAUUUAAAGCAAAAAUAGUCUUUGCUGAACAUAGGUACUAUGGCGCUUCAAUGCCAUUCGGUGACAAAUCAUUGGACAACCAACACAUAGGGUAUUUGACAUCAGCUCAAGCGCUGGCCGAUUAUGCAGAGUUGAUAAAUUACCUCCAAAAAAAUGCACUGAAACCAAAAUACCCAGUUAUUGCGUUUGGCGGGUCAUAUGGCGGCAUGCUCGCGGCGUACUUUCGCAUGAAGUAUCCCCACGUGGUAGCAGGAGCUAUAGCAGCAUCAGCACCCAUACACAUGUUCCCUGACAUGGUACCCUGCGAGGUGUUCAACAGAAUAGUAACAUCCAGUUACAAAGUAGCCAAUUCUAAGUGCGCUGACAAUAUAAAAAAGUCCUGGAGUUUCAUUAGGAGCUACGCAGCGUCUGCAAAUACUUCAGAAUGGCUGCGUCAGAACUGGAAUCUUUGUGGUCCUGCAAAUUCUACUUUACACGCAGAUGUUUUGGUAGAAUUCCUAGAGUCCAUGUACGUGACAAUGGCUAUGGUGAAUUAUCCCUUCGCUUCAGACUUUUUGAUGCCGUUGCCUGCUCAGCCCGUGAAGGUUGUCUGCCAGUACUUAAAUGAGACUUUGAAGGACAAGGAACUUUUAGAGGGAAUAGGAAAAGUUAUUUCAGUGUUCACGAAUAAUAAGAAGGAGUGUUUAAAUUACACAGAAGGUGACAAUUAUGGAAAUUUAAAUGCUAGCGGAUGGGAUUAUCAGGCUUGCACAGAGAUGGUUAUGCCCAUUUGCACUACAGGAAAGAACGAUAUGUUUGAACCGUCUCCAUGGAACUUCACUCAGUACGCUGAGGUCUGUCAUAAGAAAUACAACGUGUACCCUCGACCUAAUAUGGCGAGGAUAGAAUACGGAGGCGCCAUGCUAGAAGCUGCUUCCAAUAUUGUUUUUAGUAAUGGACUUUUAGACCCUUGGGCUGCAGGAGGAAUCCUGAACAGUGUAAGCGACUCAGUAAAGGCAGUGAUCAUCAUCGAUGCUGCCCAUCAUUUGGACCUCAUGGCUAGUAAUCCCUCCGACCCUGAGUCAGUGAAGAUGGCCAGGCAAAUACACAAAGAUAACAUUCGCAAGUGGAUCGACGAGUUUAAUCGACAAAUGGCUCAUCGUAGAGCAUGACUGUUGUGAAAUUGUGAUUUUUGACGGCUUUUUUUAAUAAAAACAUUUUAUUUUGAGUA